GUGUUCGCUACACAUACAGUACAGUGCGUGCGGAUGUGGAGGUGUAUGCUGAGGGUGUCGGGUGUCGCACCAGCUCCGUCGGGCCACGAGUGGCGUUUCCAGUGUUCUGUAGGGGUGGACUGUAGUGACGCGGAGCCUCGCUGUAUCUGGCUGGCAGUUUUAAGGGGUGUUUCGCCUCAUUCCUCACCCUGGCCGACCCCCAUCACAUCACCAAGAAGACGAGGCUCCCGGAGGCUCAUACAGCGCCAUCGCAUGUGCUGGGCUAAAGGGCGGAGAGAUGGCAUGGUGUCGUCCAAUGAGAACAGGCGCCGGCCGCUGUCGUCGGGUGAGGUGGAAGGCGUGUCGUGGCAGGGACCACGGACCAUUUUCCUCCAGAAGAACUCGCAGGGAUUCGGCUUCACUCUGCGACACUUCAUCGUCUACCCGCCAGAGUCCUCCCUCCACAGCCUCAAGGAUGAAGAAAACGGAAAUGCAACUGGAAAAGGUUGUCAGCGCUCUCGUUUGGAGCCGAUGGACACCAUCUUUGUGAAGAGUGUCAAAGAAGAUGGCCCUGCCCAGCAAGCUGGACUGUGCACAGGGGACAGGCUGGUUAAAGUAAACAGUGAGAGCAUUCUGGGGAAAACCUACUCUCAGGUGAUCACACUCAUCCAAAACAGUGAAAACAUUUUGGAGCUCUGUAUAAUGCCAAAAGAUGAGGAUGUGUUGCAGUUGGUAAGUGCGUACUCCCAGGAUGCCUACCUGAAAGGCAAUGAGCCAUAUUCAGGUGGAGCCCAGAACCUCCCUGAGCCGCCGCCUCCUCUCUGUUACCCUCCCACCAAGCCCAGCUCCUCGGCCACACAGUCCAGCCACAACCUCCACAGUCCCCUGGACAACUGGCAGUGCCGACCCGGCCAAACCACCUCGCCACUGGACAACCGCCCCCCUGCCGCUUCUACCCCCACCUCCGGCUGGUCCGGGGGUCCUGAGGAGGCCAGUAGUCACUUUGCCCCACCAGGGCGGCAUCGUGGCCGCUCCUCAUCAACCGUCAGUGCGCUGGACUUUCACUUUGCUAACCACAAUGCUGCCAUCGCCUCUGCAACUCUGCCUCCACCAAGGAAGAGCAACAUGCCGGCCUCUGCCCGCGCACACACCGAUGCCCUCUGCCACCAGGCUUUGUCGGACUGGUACUACAGCCAGGCUGAGGCAGCCGAGCGCAUGUCCCCCCGCCACCGGAGCAUAUCUCAGGACCGUUUAGCGGAGCUGGGGCUGGGGUUGGCACUCGGCCCAGGACCAACGCCUGCCUCCACAACCUCUGCGGAGCAACGUAGAAGAGAGACCCUCAUGCACCACCACCAUCAGGCAGCAGCAGCCUCCCAUGAUACCUAUUGGCUGGGGGGCUGGGGUGGUAUAUCAGGAUCAGGAAGCAGGUCAUGCUCAGAGGGCCUGCUGGCAGCCUAUGCAGAGUACGAGCACAACUACGGGCGUUCUGUGGAAACACUGGCACAAGCCUCUGCACUGGUCACACCACGUGACGAACAGUCUUCACAAGGCUCCCAGAUGACAAAAUUCAGCGAGCAGAAAGAGCAGAAAGCCUCAGGAGGGCAUCAGCAGCAAACCGCAGUAGCACCCCCAAUCACAACCUCCUCCACAGUGCCUCCAAGUGGCAGGCAGUCAGGUCAGCAGGUAGCUGAACCCCAGACAAGGCGAGUAAAAGAGGAAGAGUUGGUGGGCUACAAAAGCUACAGUCCUUCUUUCUCCCACAAAGCUGGUCACCUCCUCCAGCAGGCGCACUCCUUCAGAGAGCCCACCUACAGCGGCCCUCACCUCAACUGGAGCUCCGGCAGCAGAAGCAGCCCUGCCGACAGCGAUGGAGGGAUGGUCCCCCGGCCCCAGUCCACCCCAGCCCUGUCUGCAUCAGAGGAGGAGAGAGCCCGGCUCGGGGAGGACAGGGAGGUCAUCUCCCCUAUCUCCCUCAAUCAAGAGGUGGUCCUAAGGCAGAAACCGCCUUCCGGACGCUGGACCCCUGUACAGGCACUUCGACAUCACAACUACAACACAACUGUGGAUUCGCCUGAGACCCCUGGUUUGACACCUUCACCUGGGACUCCCUCUCCUGUCUCUGGAGGACCAGGCCCCAACCGCAGGGUCAAUGGUAGUCUGGCACAGCAUGCAUACGACUCCCUGUCCUCUAUUCCCUUCAUAGAUGAACCCACCAGUCCUAGUACUGACCUACAAGCCUGCUAUGUACCAGCCUGCUCUGUGGUGCCCAGUUCCACUAUGGCCACCCUCACUUCCACCUCUGUCUCCCCCACCCUGUCCUCCAUCUCCCCCUUUGUCCGACUUCGUUCUCAGGACUGCAGCAGUAUCAAAGGUCGUCGCUCGUCUUACCUGCUGGCCAUCACCACCGAGAGAUCCAAGUCCUGUGACGAGGGUCUCAACACCUUCAGGGAAGAAGGCCGUGUCUUCUCCAAACUACCAAAAAGAGUCAAGAGCUUUUUCAUUGAUGGGUCUCUGGAGAACUUGCGAACCCAGGAGGAAGCCCGUUCCAAACGUCACUCCACCUCUGAACUGGGAACCAUCACCUUCAGUGAUGUACGCAAGGAGGGCUGGCUGCACUACAAACAGAUCCUCACAGAGAAGGGAAAGAAAGUCGGUGGCGGCAUGCGGCCAUGGAAACGCGUCUUCUCCGUGCUCCGCUCCCAUUCGCUCUUCCUGUACAAAGACAAGCGGGAGGCCGUCCUUCACGGGGCGGGGGCAGGAACCAGCCAGGAUGAGCAUCCCCCGGUCAGCAUCCGCGGCUGCCUGAUAGACAUCGCCUACAGCGAAACUAAACGGAAGAACACCCUGAGGCUGACCACACAGGACUUCUGCGAGUACCUGCUGCAGGCAGAGGACAGGGACGACAUGCUGGCCUGGAUCAGGGUCAUCAGGGAGAACAGCAAGAUCGACAACGAGGAGAUUGGUUUCUCAAGGCAGGCUCUCAUCAACAAGAAGCUGAAUGACUACAGAAAACACAGUCUGACAGGUAAUAAACCAGAUGCUUCUCCCAGAGGUCACCGCAUGAUGCCUCCUUUCCUAUUGGCUAAGACUGACAACACCUCAGUGAACCGAUCAUCUAGAACUGAUGACAACAAGGCACUGUGGGGCAUCAAUAUCAUGAAGAAGAGCAAGAAGACAGGCAGUCCCAAGGCUUUUGGUGUGCGACUGGAGGACUGUCAGCCAGCUGUCAACAGUAAAUUUGUCCCUCUGAUCGUAGAGAUGUGCUGCGCCGUGGUGGAGGAGACGGGUCUGGAAUACACCGGCAUCUACCGAGUGCCAGGAAACAAUGCCAUGGUGUCCAACCUGCAGGAGCAUCUCAACAAGGGCAUGGACAUCAACACAGCUGAGGAGAGAUGGCAGGACCUGAAUGUAAUCAGCAGCCUGCUCAAAUCGUUCUUCCGGAAACUUCCUGAACCAGUGUUUACUGAUGAUAAAUACAAUGAUUUCAUUGAUGCCAACCGGAUAGAAGACGCAGAGGACCGUCUGAAAACCAUGAAAAAACUGAUUCAUGACCUCCCAAACUACUAUCACCACACCCUUAAGUACCUGGUAGGCCACCUGAGGAAGGUGGCAGACAACGCUGACAAGAAUAAAAUGGAACCAAGAAACCUGGCUCUGGUGUUUGGUCCCACUCUGGUGAGGACAUCAGAGGACAACAUGACCGACAUGGUCACACAUAUGCCUGACCGCUACAAGAUAGUGGAGACACUAAUCCUGCACUAUGACUGGUUCUUCAGUGAAGGAGAGCUGGAUGAUGAAGAGAAGCCCCCAGAUGAUAAGCGGGACAUGCAGCCUGUGCCCAACAUCGACCAUCUGCUGUCCAACAUCGGCAGGCCAGGUAUGCCAGGAGAGGCAUCAGAUUCCACCACCAGCGAUUCUCUUAAGUCAAAGCUUUCUUCAGGCUCCAAGAAAGACCUGAACGCCAGAGACUUCCUGUCCAAGUCCAUCAUCUCUGCUGUUACCCGCAAACGUAAAAAAUCCCCUAGUAACCACCUGCCCGGCAGCAGCGCUGAUGAGGACUCCGAGCAUGAGCCAGUCAAAGCCAGCAACUACGGGGGAGGAGAUGGGGGAGGAGAGGAAGAGGACAGAGGAGAGGAAGAGGCAGUCAAGGAGGAACGUACCAUUCCUAAGAAAGAAAAAAAGGAUAAAAAGGGAAAUGGGAUAAAAGUUCAAGAGACGACGGAGGGAAAGGAAGAUGGAAGAGAAGAAGCUGAAAAGGACAUGGGUAACAGACCAGGCAAUGAUGCCAAGAAUCGUGGAAGGGAGAGCAGGUCAAGAGCUGCACCACAACCUCGUCCAAACAGCUUCCUCUACUCACACCAUCAGACCCACGCCACAUACGCACGACCCCCACCUGUGACCAUUCCUCCUCCGCAUCCAAAACCUCACAAUCUGUCAAGAGGACGCCCCACAGCCCCUUUCUGGAUCUCCCCCACCAAGCUUCCAAACCACUACCAAGCCUCCAGGCUUAACGGGGCCCAGCAGCCGGAUUGGAACCAACCAGCACCGGUCCGCUACAGGAAGAACAGAGGCGGGAGGACAAGGGCUAUGUCCAUGAAUCUGGACGUUGAGCCGGGCAGGAGUGAGGACAGAGCGAGAGUGUGGAGAUCAGAGAGGGAGGAGGUAAUCAAAGUCACUGAGGGAGCACCAGGUCAGCAUGGAAGUGUUGGGGUUCCUCGGGGAUCAGUUAUAGGUCCCAGUUCGGUUCAACAAAUUGAUCCACUCCCUCGUCUCGCCCAGGAGGCUCCCCCACUCUCGUCUUCCUCGGGAUGGAUAGAUCAAAGCUCCGUGGGAUCUUCCACUGUUGUUCUGAGGAGAUCUGGCCUGGUGCCUCGGGACAAGACGAGAGCCUGGCGUCGUCACACAGUGGUGGUCUAACCGCUUCAUCUACUAAUGCAGUACAAAGCACUUCUUGCCCUUUACUCAUAAACACUUGGACCACCUGUGUCACUGCUUCUAAAGCCAAGUGUCUGUCACGUGACCUGAGGAUCUCAGCUGUAUCAAGACUCUUUCAUCUUAGCUUUUUAUUGGCACUGUAAUUGGAGAAUGUGCGGUUGUAGAGUUUCAUUCCCAAAUUAGAUUACUGUUUGAUAAAUCUGAAACUUACUCCAAAAAGAAACACACUGCCUGUCGCUAUUCACCUACUAUUGAAACUAUCCAACUUAGACUCUUUUACUUACAAGAUAACUGUAGAUGUAAUUAUACAUGUCUUAUAUAUUGUGCAUUGAACGUGCAUUGAGCUCAUAUUUCUCCUGAAUUCCCAAACUAAAACAAGACGCCGUUCCACACAGCUGUCAUAGAUAUAGUCCCACCUUGAAUUUCAGCUACAGCCACAUUAGAAAACAGGCAUCUUGUUUGCAGGUCCUUGGUGGUAGAAGUUCGGUGACAUAGUGUGUACUAGCAAAAGCUAGUUGGCAAGCUAACUGCUAACACACUAACAUGCCAGGAACAUGCUUGCGCUGGUCAGUCACAGUAGCUCUGUCACCGCCUCAUUUGCUUUACCGCCCUAUCUGCGUCCGCCACCUUGGGACAGCUACGUACAGCAACACCACUGGGACAAACCACAUUAGAUUUGAGUUUAACAAGAAGACAAAUGAAAAGGAAAGUGACUUAAUGACUCAACUAAUAGAGCAGCUGCUGGAAAAUGUAAUUUACAGCAAGAAAUCCUGCGAAAAGGGUGAUAUAUAUAUAUUCCCAUAAAGUAACCAUAACAAUAGCAGGAAAAUCUUCAACCCUAAUUACCAUCUGUUAAAGCCUCCAUGUGAUUAUAGCAUCUUAGUUCAGUAAAUUAUUCAGAUAAACUUUUUUUAGGAAAAUUGAAACAAUCCCACUAAAAAUAGUUGCAUCUGUGUUGUAGUGUCAUUCCCAACACUACCACUAAGUGGUGCCAAAACCUAAACAUGGUGUCAUUAACACAUAUUUCUAAAAUACUGGAAUGAAACCCUUCAAUUGUUAAAUAGCCAUAUUACACAUGUGAGACUCUACUCCAGUGCUGCCGCUGCUCCAGCUAACCCUCACCAGCAAAGACUUCAGAGAAAUGUGGACUGUGCUGUAUACACACUGAUGUCUUUCAUCACUGCUUCUCACCAAUGAUGUCCUUGACAAUACCCAUGUGGCCCGAGUACAGCACUGUACACAACUGCAGAGAAAACCCACUUCAGUUUACUUCUCAGCCCUUUACAAGCGCUUCCAAAGCGUCCUGUGGAUCUACAGGAACUUCACUGAUCCGUCGGAGCAAAUCAAGCUCACUCUCUCUCUCUCUGGAUGAUUGAUGAUGAGUGACUUGGGCUUUAUGCCAAAGCUUCCUGGGACAAAAAAAUGCAUGCAUGCGGUCAGUGACAUAAAAAUAUGCAAACCCUAAGUGUUCAACACAAGCCUAUUGUACUUCCCUCUGUAUGUGUGUGUGUGUGUGUGUGUGUGUGUGUGUGUGUGUGUGUGUGUGUGUGUGUGUGUGUGUGUGUGUGUGUGUGUGCGCGAGUGUGUGUGUGCGAGUGUGUAUGUGUGCGUGCGCGCACAUGUGUGUGUGCUUUGGGGGAGGAGGGCCAGAGUUUUGAGGAUACUGACACCUGUUACGUCAGAGGAGCAAAGUGUUAAAGGCAGCUAUGUGAAGUCAUGCCAAAAUUCUUACUUUUUUUUUCUAUUUAGGUCAUUGUAUAAUAUCAGUAGUGAAGACAUGGUGAGCCAAGAGAUGGAAAAGGACUCCAGCAGGCUCCAGGUCACAUAUUAUCAGUGUUACACACACACAGAGCGUUGUCAUGGCGGCAGUUGAAAAUGAGCGAAUAACCUUAAAAUCCAAAACCAGAGUCUUACCCGAGUGAUAUUUUUGCAUUUCUUCCUUUUUCACAUUUUUCAGUACUUUUUUUUCUCGCUCCUUUCUCUCGCUGAUGUCUCUACAUUAGUUUGUAAAGCAGAGUAUGAAAAAUAUAAAAUGGAGCUGAACCAAAUUGUACUGCCAACCACUGUCGUCCAAGCAGACUCCAUGUUUAUCUUAAUCAUAUCUAGUCUCAGUCUGUCCUUCUCUUCUAUCUGUGCCCUUGUGCAUGUACUUUAUGUACGUGGGUGACUGUGUGUGGACCAAUUUUGUAACAGUUGUACAAAGCCUUGUU